GCAGAAUCGGGUUAAUAGUAUUCAGAGAACCUAAGGCACAUUUUUGUUAGUUUGACGGAGAGCAUAGACGCGAAAGAUAGACGUUUGAAAACAGCAGAUUACAAUGUCGAAAAAGAACAAGGGGAAGAAUGCUUUCUACUUUUUCAUGCUUGAUUGGAAGAAGCGAGAAGAAGCUAGCGGACGGACGUUUCCCGAAGGUUUACGAGAUGUGCAACGGGAUCCAAAGUGUAGCGAAGAAUGGCAGAAUCUUUCUUCACAAGAAAAGGGAUAUUAUAAUAAGAGAGCAAAAGAUAGUAAGAUUGAAGCUCAAGUAUGCGUAAAGAAGAAAACAGCAAUUGGAGAAUGCAUAGAUGAAAUUAUAGAAGCUGAAAAAAAACAGGAAGAAUUUCGUCAAAGUAUGCUUCAGUACUUAAGCUCUGUAGUUGAUAUGGGAGUUAAACAUAAAUGUUUGGAUAAGUUAAAGUUUAUAAUGAUACAUGUAAAUUGGUUCUAUAGAAGAGAAAUGGGAAUCAAUAAAUACGAAUUUUGUCCUGCAGAAUUUGCAGUGGGAGAAUUUAGUUUGAAAGAUGGCAUUGAAAAUAUAUAUCACGAAAUUCUCAAUGUUAAGAUACCAUUAGGAUGGAAAAGAGAUGCAAUUGAAAUAAGUCAACAGACUCAUAGAAUACCUGUAGAGCUUCCAGAAGGACAAAGUAAUUUUUCGAUCGUCUACGAAAAAUUGUGUAGACUGUUGGAAAAUAAUAAAACUGGAGACAAAUUUCCUCCAUUAUAUACCCCGAAAGAUUUAGUACCUGCUGUAGAAUCGUUACUGACAAGAAUGGCCGACGCUGCCAACGCAUCGGCAAGCGACUUUACAAUUUAUUCGUUGGAAGCACUGUUUAGUAAAUUGAGAAAUGCUGCGGCUGAACAAGUGGAUGAUUGCAGCAUAUCUCUAGUACUUGCCGAACAUGAAUUUGCCAAAGAUACUUUUUCGUCCGUUCGUGAUCUCGAAUGUGACUUUCAUAAGAUUAUAGAUAGUUCAUCUCAAUAUUGUAGUAUGUCCAUAAUAAAGCGAUGGGGUUUCACGAUAUGCGAUUACUGCUGUGAGUAUCUUAAUAUACCAUUGAUCGAAGGAAGGAAUUGCCCCAUUUCGCAAACAGUUUUUUGCGACGAAGAUAGUGCAGAUCAAGAAGAUAUCAACGCUCGUUUGAAACUUUUAAACGUCGAUAAGCAGAUAGUCGAAAUGAAUGGGGUAACCGAGGAACAUAGAAGGAAAGUAUCCGAACGAAAUUUUGCGCAAGAACGACGACGACGCGAGCAAGAAACUGUGAACUUAACUAUUAUUGAUCACGGUAAACUUAAUUCUUCGUCAAGCAAUGCAGCUUUAAUUGGUCGUCCACUACGACUUCCUAAAACAACAGCGCAUGCUGUCAGCGGAAUGAUGGAAAAUUCUGAUUUGAAUGCCGCUGAUUUUCCACCAUUGGGAGGAAAGGGUAAAUCACCAAAGAGAGGAACGACAACUAUCAAGCUUCCAUUAGGAAGAGGGCGUGGAAGCGUCUUUUAAAUAUACAUAACAUGUAAAAUACAUACAGCAACUACUUUAUUUUGAUAUUUCUUCUGGUUUCUGUUAAAGUGAUUAUUACAUUUUAGACUUACAUAAGAUUACUUAUGUAUGAAAGUUUAUUUUAUAAAAGACAUGUCGUUACAAUUUUUUUU